UGUUCAGUUUGCACUAGCAUCUAUCAGUAUGUAAAUUGCGCUGCUUGAUACGUGCGGCUUUUAUAUCAUGCCGAGUGACGUGAAAAUUCGCGGUGUAAAGUCACAUCCAAGUCGCCACGAUUUUUACGGUUUUGUAUCCUUUUACGAGUGACUGGGGGAUUGCCUCAAUUUGAGUUUAGCUCGAGGACACCAUGAUUCAUGUGGAGACGUUUCGAAGAGACCCAGGGGAUCCAUUAAUUUUCUGCACUCGUGGUUCUAAUUGAAUUCAGUAGAGAAGUGGUAAAACGGGGAUGGUGCCGCGGAGAGAAUGUAAAAUUAAAAUUUACUAUGUGAGCCGGAGAAAAUGCACAAUUUGAUUUAUUUUAACCGAACGUUUGCGAUGGGAAAUUCAAUUUUUACGAUUUAACGUAGGAAUUUCUAACGGAAUUUUUAACGAUUUUUCUGGCGAAUUCGGUAAGUUUUCCCUUCCUCACUCUCAUUUUGAUGAUAAUAGUUCUCAAGGAUGAUAAAGAAGAUUAAAUAGGGUUUUUCACUUCGGUUAUUCAGAAAGCCCCCCUCUCCCUCGUCCUCUUCCGCGAACAUUCAUUUUGAAAGGGAGAGGAAUAUUUUUUAGUCGACGAAGUUAAAAUUCAUGUUUAUCCUCCUAAAUUUUAUUUUCUUUCUGUCUGAAAAAUUCCUAACAACUUCUGUAUGUUUAGCUGUCUGCGAAAAUGAAAAUCAAUUUUAUAGGUUUAGUUUUCCCGAAGGAUUUGGAAUUUCCCCAUUUAUCGUGAGGAAUGCGCCCACUUGAUUCAUUAACAAAUAAUUGACUCAAUGUAUUUUUAAAUGAACGAAAUUCUCAUUCAAGUUACACCGCAACCGCGUUUAUUUUGAUAAUUUUACCCCAGAUUUUUCAAAAUAUUUGCCAUCCUCGAACAUCAAGAGUUCAUUAAAAUUGAUUUGGAUUUUUUUCGGGAAUUUCUCUUUGAUCAUAAGCAUGUUCAUACAAUUUCUGCUCUGAUUAAACACUCCUGCUGAUAAGAGCCCAUUUGAUAAAUGAACGAAAUGAUUAUUCUCAGUCAGUGAUCCGCCGGUGAUUUCGGUAGUACGAAUUCAGCUGUUGAAGGAAAAAAUGAAAACAAACAUGCUAAAUUGCAAGACUGCGCAUUUACGCUCUCCAUAAAAAAUAAUCACCACGCGAUGAUUGCAGUUCACUGUGAAUUCCAUGAGAAGUUUGAUUUUUUAUUCACACGAGCGAAAAGUAUUUCGGUGACUGGACCAACUGAAGUCCAACAACGAGGAAAGAAAUUUAUACGUUUUCACUGGUGUUAUUUUUACACAAUUUGCGUUGUAUUCCGGAAUAUAUUGAAUUUUCAUGGAUAGAGAGGAUCAGUGCGGUUUGUGGAAUGCACAGUGGUGUUGGGGAAAAUGGCAAGUGGAAAAUUUCAAAAUGAAGUGAGGGUAAAUAUUCGGUGACUGGUGCAAAAUGGGCUGCUCGACAAGUGCAGUCCUCAUUUGCAUGAGGAAUAAAAAAAAAUUCAAGUGCCGAAAGGCUGAGGAGUCUUUGGUGCAAACUGGUGACAAUGCAGAUUUGGAUUACUGGAAGGAGAAAAAUCUCGUGGGUUCACCGAUGUUCUCCGGAGAAGAAGACAUGGAGUGCACCAUGGCCAAGGGACCACAGGAUUUCAACUCAACCCUAUCGAUAACCGCACCCUCGCAAGUUGUGGAGGUGUUACUAGUAUUUCCGCGGGAAGAUCGUCAGCUAGAAGCCCUGGGAGCAGUCUCCAGAAAGCUGGGAUGGAGUGUCGAGGUAGUGAAAAGUGGAGAAAAGGCGGCUGAGGUUUUUCAGAGUCGAUCCCACGACUUAGUGAUUAUCGAUAGGAGGGGGCAUCGGGCCAAUGAGGCAGACGCUAUUUGUCGAGCCAUAAGAGCAACGAAUUGCCAUCACAGCAGUGUAAUUUUAGCAUUAGUUAAAAAGUCCUUCUUCACGGUAGCCGAUAAGGACGAGAUAGUGACAUUGGACUUGCUGAAUACGGGUUACAGCAGAGCAACGAUGGAGUGCACGCACGAGAUACUUCUCGGAAAUCAAUUGAUCGGGAUUUACGCCAGUGAAAUACAGCCCAGGAUGCAGCUCGCCGCGGCACAUGCGCUUUAUGUGGCUGUCGACAGAUGCAGGGAUAUGGUACAUGUUACUGACGAUCAACACAUCGUUAGGUUUGUGAAUAAGGCCAGUGAAAGGUUGCUGGGUUAUAAGUACGAGGAGAUGCUGGGUCGAAAUCUUUCCGAGCUAAUAACCUGCGAGAAUUUUGCGCUUAUGGACCAACAGCUCCAACGCGGACGGGAAUUCGAGGGUAACAUGAACUGCAGGAGAAAGUUCAAUGACACUAUCACCAUCAACUGUCGAAUAAUUCCGUUCUGCGCUACGGGAAAAAAGCCCUCGCAUUACGUUUACGUUCACGACACAAUGUACCUCCUGGAGAACAUGGGAGUAGCCAGCAUAACCCUGGGUCCACAUCCACGAGUGAGCCUGCAGUAUCCUCACCGGAGGGGCUCGUUCGACGUCAAAUCCAUCGGCAGCGAUAUCGGAACGCAGAGACGAUCGAGCCUUCAAAAAUUGAAUAAUCUACCUCUGGAAGCGCCCAUCACCAAAGUAAUGCUAUUACUUACUAAUGCCAUGACAGAAAUCGCUGGGACAAGUCCCGAUUUAGCUAUGCAAAUCGACAAGGCGAUUGAAACCUUGAAGACGACAGAACUGUACAGGCCUUAUCUCAAGGAGGACACCAAGAUUUAUAACGAUCCCGUGGCUUCGGAUCUCGUGGAGGCACUUUUAUCAAAAAAUUGUCACUACAUAAGAGAUUCAAGAAGAUCGUCGAACGAUUCAACCCGAAGUACUCAAAUGCGAAUAACCCUUCCGGCACCGACAAGACUCCAGUUGAAAAAUCCGCAAGGUCCGAAGGAGAUCGAAGAACUCCUAGACCGCAGUUUGGACUGGGACUUUGACAUUUUCAGCCUCGAAGUUCUGUCGGAGCGAAAGCCCCUCGUGCACCUGGGGAUGAACCUCAUGGGUCGUUACAAUGUCCCGGCGCGUCUCGGUUGCGACGAGCAGACACUGCAGAAUUGGCUGACUGUGAUAGAGUACAAGUACCAUCUUAGCAAUAGUUAUCACAAUUCAACGCACGCCGCGGACGUGCUCCAGGCAACAGCUAGGUUUAUGCAGUCCGAUCGACUGCAGAUGAUCCUUGAGCCGAUGGACGAAGUCGCUGCGCUGAUUGCGGCCGCCGCGCACGAUAUCGAUCAUCCCGGCAGGUCAAGUCAAUUCUUAUGCAACGCUGAUAACAAACUAGCGAUAUUAUACAACGAUCUUUCCGUACUUGAGUCUCAUCACGCAGCGCUCACGUUCAAACUCACAUUAGCGGAUGACAGUGUCAACAUAUUUAAGAAUUUAGAGAGAGAAACUUACAAACUCAUCAGACAGAAUGUCGUUGACAUGAUCCUAGCGACCGAGAUGACGAAGCACUUUGAGCAUCUCGCUAAAUUCGUCAAUGUUUGCAGUGCACGCGGUGACGAGUAUUACUCGGAUGGCCCAGACAUGGCGACGCUGUUGCUGCCGGAGAAUGUCACCCUCAUAAAAAUCAUGAUGAUCAAGUGCGCGGAUGUGUCUAAUCCUACUAGACCAUUGAGGUGCUGCAUUGAGUGGGCCAAGAGAAUAGCUGAGGAGUACUUCAAUCAGACUGACGAAGAGAAAAAAAAGCGAAUGCCAGUGGUAAUGCCAAUGUUCGACCGCAACACUUGCUCCAUCCCAAAAUCUCAAAUCGGUUUUGUCGAUUACAUAAUCAACGACAUGAUCGAAGCAUGGGACGCUUUCAUCGACGUGCCGGAGAUGGUGACCCACAUGCGCCAGAAUUACGAGAUAUGGAAGGAGUAUCAUGAAAAGGGAAUAUCGACUCUGAGUGACAUUGAAAGACUACAAACCUCGCCGGAAUUGAAGAUCCCACGUGCGCGCGAUCCACGGUGAUGUUUAUUUAUUGAAUCUACGAUGAAGUUUAACUGAAAAUUUGUAACGCCAUCCUUGUAAAUUAUUUAUCUGAAUAAAAUGUCUAUUUUAUUCUAA